AACUUAAAAUUGUUUUGUUUUUUUUUGAAGCUUAAAUCUGUUCACUAACCCAAAUCUUGCACUUUGAACCUUAUUCUUUUUGAAAAUAUUGGAGGUUUGCAGCCAUAUAUUUUUCCAUUUGUCAUCACAUAAACAUUUUUCAUAAUUUUUUUGUUUUCAAGUUGAAAUCCUAGCAAGCUUCUUUUCUAAUGUUGCUGGACGCCAUCAUUUGGUUACCCACACUUUUUACCUACAUUGUCUUCCUGCUCAUUCUCAUCAUACUGUUCUUCAUUGUGGCCUAUGUCAGUCAUAAGAUCUACAUCUCCAUCUAUGAUAAUUUGCCGUUGCCAGCGGCGCCUGUGUCCCGUUUCUCGAUUGCAUAUAAGGAAUCCACACGAUCCGAUAUAUUUGGCACACAGACAAGUGCACGAUCCGUUUGGAUACAGAAUCGUUCACAGAUCUUUGAUUCAUCGGUGGUGCGAAUUACGCUCACCUUGGAGCCGUGUUAUCUGGUCAGCGUGGGUUUGGACAUCUUUCAGAAUCCAAAGCGACGUGCUGUCAGCUUUAUGUGCAAUUGCAAGGAUAGCGUGGAGAGAUGUGCUGCUGCCAUGGAACGCGAUGCGGACAGUUUGCGUAUAUUCAAGUACUACGAUCACAUGUCCAAGAUACCAAGAUUAAAAGUGCUCCUGAGGUGCUGUGAGCGCAAUAACAUGCGUCUUGUGCUGGAUGAUGUCAUCAAGGAUGUGAUGGAGGCACGUUGCACGGACAAUAUGGCGGCGUGUCGAGCACCCAAGAGACCAGCCAAGUCGGAGCAGACAGAGGAAAUUUGAGAGAGA